AUGGGGGCUGAUCAUAGCCGUCCUGAUACAUUGGACGAUGACUACGAGACCGCCGUUGCACCUCACCCGGCUGCAGCCUCCCCGUCAGCGACGGUGGCUUCUCCAAGUUCGAGUAAGAAGGCUCCAGCGACGCGGCUUUGGCGCUCCACUAAGGGCCCGGACGGGAGCAUUCGUUAUAAGUUGGCGGACAAGUCGAUUGGUUGGAAGUUCACGCAGAACCCUCCGCAAAAGACGCGCGACGAUGACGACGACGAUGAGGACGACGACGAUUACAAGCCCGAAGGCGAGGAGGAGGACGAGGACGACGACGAGGGGUACUGGUUCUUCGUUGUGGCAGGGAGGAUCUGCGUGCGGGUGGACGAGCGGUUGAAUAUCCAGUUCAACGACCAGCAGCGCCGUGUGGACUUCACGGACUUCAAGAACGUGUGGGCCAUCAAAUUCGCGACCGACGACGAGUAUGCUGACUUCUGCCGGCAGUACGACGCUUGUCUUUUUGAGAACACUCACGGCAUGGCGUACACCGAGGCGAACGCCGCCAAGGUGCUGGGGAAGGAGUUCGUGGGGUGGGCCAAGGGGGAGGAUGCGGAGGGAGCGAUGUGGGAGGACGCCGCGGAGGAGCUGCCGGACGGAGAAGGCGCGCUGUCGCCGUCGUCGCGCAAGGAGUCGUCCAUCACGGAAAGCUACGAGGAGACGCCCAAGGGCAAGAAGCCGCUGGGCUUCGCCAUGGGCGCGCUGGCGAACAGCUACUUGAUCCACGACGGCGGCAUCGACGUGUACAAGAACCGCGAGGACGGCGUGCACCACGUGGACGGGCUGAGCAUCGCGCUGGAGAAGAUGAGCAUGAAGGACAGCAGCACGCCCGCCCCGGGGACCAAGAGCGUGCUGUUAAACCGCGAAUCCACCAUGCUGCUCAUGACCCCUACAGCUCCCACCGGCUCGCCCAGCCUUGCUCAUGCGGCAGGGGUGCGGCAGCUGGACAUCCAGGCGCAGAAGGUGGUGACGGAGUGGAAGUUUGACAAGGACGGCACGGAGAUCAAGAUGCUCGAUAUCACAGGCGACAGCAAGGCCGCGCAGCUGCAGGCGGGCGUGUCCACGUUCCUUGGGCUGGAUGAUAACCGCCUGUGCCGCUGGGACAUGCGUGACAAGGCAGGCCGAGUGCAGACACUGGCUUCCACCCUGGCCUCGCCAGCCACGCUGACAUGGUCUGAUGGGCACCAGUUUUCGCGGGGCACCAACUUCCAGUGCUUCGCCACCACAGGCGACGGGUGCGUGGCAGUUGGAUCACGGGAUGGCAAGAUCCGCCUGUACUCCACAACCUCCAUGCGCCAGGCAAAGACAACGUUCCAGGGCCUUGGGGGCGCCAUCACGCACAUUGAUGUGACAUAUGACGGGCGGUGGGUGAUCGCCACCACGGACAAGAAGCUCAUUCUCAUCUGCACGGGCUUCAGGGACAAGGAGGGCAAGGAACGCUCUGCCUUUGUUGCCAGGGCUGGUGGCAACCUCGCUGCAGCGAGGCUGCUGAAGCUAACCCCUGAGCAUGCACAGAUUGUUGGGAACUUCAAAUUCCAACAUGCCCGCUUCUCGUGGGUGACAGAGAGUGACCGGCAGGAGAAGCACAUUGUGGCAACAGUCGACAAGUACACUGUCGUUUGGCCCUUCCGCCGAGUCAAGCAGCUUGAGCAUGAGUGCUACACGCGCCAGGUUGGGCGCCUCAAGGAGCAUCGGAGGGUGAGGUCGGACGAUGGCUACCUCUUCGAUCACGUCAUGGCGGCUCAGCAAGCCGCGGACCCGCGCGCCCAUCACGGCGGCAAUCCUCAAGGCGGUUCGGCGACGGGUCAGGCGACGUCGAAUCGGUACCGGCAGCACCCGCAGUACAUGCUGUCGGAGAUCCCGAGCAUCGAGGAGGAGGACCACGCCGCGUACGACGACGCCUCGCCCACCGGUGAGUCUGCCAUGGUGCAGCCCGUGUCGCGCCGCUCGCACUCGUACUCGCGCGCUGGGUCCAUGGGCAGAGACACGGAGGGGCACGGCGAGCGGGAUUGGGAGCGCGAGAGAGCGUACGAGCGAGACAGGGAGCGGCAGCGAGAUGCUCCCGUGCGGGAUUGGAGGGAAGGCGAGCGCGAGAGGGGCAGUGGGCGAGAGAGGGGCGGGGCAAUGGAGUACGGAAAGGGGCGCGAGAGAGAGGCAGAGGCGAUGAGGAGCAGGGAGUCGGAGAGGAGUGGCAGCUGGAAGGAGAGCGACAUGCACCGAGGGGAGCGCGGCAAUUUCAGGGACAGCGAGCGAACGAGUGGCGAGAGGAGUGCGGGCAGUUCUCGUGAGCGCGAUCGCGCGGACAGGGGCACGGGGAGCUCGCGGGAGCGCGGUGAACGCGUUGUGGCGAGCGGCAGCGUGCGGGAGAGGGAGCGGUUGGAGCGCGAGAGAGAAAGGGAGCGAGAGUACGAGCGGGGGAGAGAGAAUGAGUGGGGCCGUGACGACUCGACGAGAAGAGAGCUUUCGUACGAGGAGGACGAGGGUCAGCAGGGGCACUACGACGAGCAGCAGGGGCAUUACCAGGAGCACUCGAGGUACCAGGCGUCGCAACAGGCCCAUGCGCAUCAGCACUACCAACAGCCGCCUGCCAAGGCGCGAGCGGAGGGGCACAGCUCGCAGCCGUCAAUGCAGCAGCCGCAGCAGCCCCGUCAGUCGCAACAGAUGCUGCCUCAGCAGCACCACCACCACUCGCAAGACGGUCUCUCCUCCUCGCCGCAACGCCAGCCCAUGCCCCGCUCCUCUCGUUCCGCCUCCUCCGGCUUCCCCUCUCCCCUGGCGCCUGCCGCCAAGGGUUACGCCCCCGCGCCCAGCUCCUCGGGGCCCGCGGGCGCCCAGGCGGGGGAGGCGCGCUACGGGUCGCCGGCGGGUCCGGUGGCAGCGCUGAAGCAGAGCGCGCGGCACCGGCGCAUCCGGUCGGAGGACGCGUCGAUAUUUCACCGCAUGCUCGCGCAGGACCACGCGGGCCAGUCCCCCGCCAUGUCCGGAGGUGGGGGGUCGCCAGGGGGGCCACCGGGCGGCCGGAGCCCCGUGGCGCGACCCAUGACCAGCGGCGCGGCAGGCGGGGCGGGCAGCAGCCGCUUUCAAGGAGGGCCAGUGACCGGCGGAGCUGGUCCCAGCGGAAGCACUGUGCGCGGAAGCGGGUACGGCGGCAAUGCGAAUGGCGGUGGCGGGUCCAUGCCAGGCGGGAUGAGCGGCGGUAGCGGUGGGUCGGGGCAGCACGUCGCGGCGCGAAGCCCGCUGGAAGGGGUAGGCGAUCGGUUUGCGGACUAUAGCGGGGGUGGAAGCGGCAAGGAGCGGCGCGCACAAAUCACCCACCGAUUCCCCUCGUCGCGGUCCGUGUCCGCCGUGCCGUCGCAUGCCCACGACCACGACCGCUCGCCGGACUCCCCCGUCCGCGCCACUGGCGGGGGCAUGCGCGCGGGAGCGGGCAUGGUGGGGAGCCAGAGCCACAAGGAACAGCUGGGGGGAAUGGGGAUGGCUCAAAGAGACGCGCAGGCACAGGGAAUGGGGCGGGGCGCGGGGGAAAAGGUUUUGAUGCGACCACGGAGCAUGAAGGCUCUGUCCCCCUGGCCCGACGACGACUCCCCUAUGCGCUCCCCCCCUGACGUUGCGCGCCUCUCCUUCGACUCCGCCGAUCACCAGCCUCCGCGCGCUGCGCGGGUGGGCUCGCCCGCGGCUGGGGGGAGGCCAGCGCCGUCGGGGAGUGGAGCUCCGCGCGCCGCAAUGGGCGCGGGUUCGGGGCGGGGGUCGGGGAAAGGCGACGGGGCGUGGGGCGGCGCAGCGGAGGCCGUGGCAGGUCGCGUACGGGAAGGCGCGGACAUUCGCCCCCAGGCGCUGCCGCGCCCCAACAGCAGCGGCGGCGUGCGCAGGGCGGCGGGGCUGGCAGGCGGCGGAGUGGACCGGUCGCGGUCGACGGACGGCAGUCCGGACCCCGGCGACAUGGGGAGCGGCGCGCGGGGGGGCAAGGAGGACGGCGGCGUGUGGGGGCGCAAGGCGAAGGGCAAGGCGGGGCAGCCCAUCACGGAGGAGGCGCUGGAGCAGCAGCUCAAGCUCUCCGCGCACCGCCUCUCCGCCGUCUCCCCCUCCUACUCCUCCUCCCCGCCCCACUCCCCUCCGCGCGCCUCCUCCACGCGCCAGCAUCCCGCGUCUUCCACCUCUUCCACUGCCCAGGGCUCGUCGGGGGCAGCUUCCGCCUCGCCCGCGCAGACCUCCCCAGCAGCCAGCCGUCCCGCCGGGCGCAAUCCGCCGAUGCGGAUGACUGCGCGCAGCGCCAGCGGUACCUACUUCAGCUCCGCCGCCGCUGCUGUGGCGGCCGUGGGCGGAGGGCAAGGGAUUGGCGGGGAAGGAGACAUGCGCGGGGGACGUAAGUACGGGGGAAAUGGCGAUUCCGCGGUGGGUGGGGCACAGGGGGGCGCGCCUAUGCGCGGUGGAGGGGGGAGUUACGGCGGUGGUGCUGGCAGCGCGAAUGCUGGCGGCAGUGCAGCAGCGGCGGUGGCGGCGGCAGCAGGCAGCGGCGGCACCAACAGGCUGCGCCCGUUUGAGGAGCCCACGCCCGCGGAUGCGCGCCCCAAGCCGCGCCACAGGCGCAGUGAGAGCGCGGGUCCGGGGUACUUCGUGGGCGGCGGGGGCAUCUGGGGCGCCGUGGCGGGCGCGAGCAUGGCGCCGAAUCUGGGCGCGAACGGCCCCCAGGCGCUGGCGCUCAAUUUCCUGGCGGGCGCACAGCAGAGCGACGCCGUGGUCAGCAGCGGGGGCAGCGCGCACGCCCGCGCGCAGGGCGCACAGGGCAAGGCGGGCGCAGGUGCUAGCAAGGCGGCUGGCGGGGGGGGCACGGCGGGACGGGUGGGGAGCAGCGGAGGAGGAAGGGAUGGCGAGAGUGGUGGGGCGGGGGCGACGGGAGGGGGAGUGGGGAGUGCGAUGGCGAGCAGCAUGGGCGUGGAGGCGGUGCGAGCAGGGCUGUCCGCCAUCCGCACAGGCGGGCACGGCAGCGCCAAACACAUCAAGGUCGGUGCCUUCGCCAACCAGGGACCCGCCGCUGCUGCCACCAGCGCUGCAGCUGCCACGGCCGCAGCAGCGGCGGCGGCGGCAGCAGCAGCGGUGGGGCCGGACGGGUCGAUCCCGCUGAGCACGAACCUGAAGCUCAAGGUGCGUGGCGGCAUGUCCAUCAGCGUGCCGCACAGCAACACCGCCGUCAGCCCCCGCGUGUCCUCCUCCACCGCCACUGCCACCGCGUCCGCCAGCACGCCCACGCACGCCAGUCCGCGCAGCGGCAUCAACUCGCCGUUCAACAUGGCGAGUCCGCGCGAGGGCGUGAGUCCACUGGCCAGCCCCAUGGUACCUCUAGACCCCGAGAAGCUGUGGGCGCUGCAGAACUUCCAGCGCUCCACGCCCGUCUCCACGCCCACCGCCUCGCCCCGCCCCGGCUCCCUCUCUCCCCCGCCCGCCGCGCCCCCGCGCACGCCGAACGUGAGCGACUACUACUACAGCGCCAAGUCGGGCGAGGCGGGCAGCCCGCGCGGUGCGGAGGAGGAGGAGCAGGUGGAGGAGACGCCGGCGACGGCGAACGUGCUGCAGAAGGACGUGGUGGAGCUGAGCGAGCUGUACCGGCUGUCCAGGAAGGAGCUCGGCCGUGGCAACUUCGGGGUGAUCCGCGUGUGCGAGAAGCGCGACACCGGGGAGCGGUUCGCGUGCAAGACCAUUGAGAAGAAGAACCUGGAGUGUUGGGAGGACGUGGAGGACGUGCGGCGGGAGGUGCAGGUGAUGGAGAUGCUCAGGGACCACGCCAACGUCAUCAAGCUCGUGCACACCGUCGAGUCGCAAAAGGAGGUGCAUCUGAUAAUGGAGCUGUGUGAGGGGGGCGAGCUGUUUGACCGCAUUCAGGACAAGGGCUACUACAGCGAGCGGCAGGCGGCCAAGGUGAUCCGCACGGUGGUGGACGUGCUGCAGCACUGCCACUCGCACGGCGUGCUGCACCGCGACCUCAAGCCCGAAAACAUCCUGCUCACCAGCAAGAGGAGCGACACGCGCGUCAAGGUCAUUGACUACGGCAUGGCCUACAUCUUCCAACCAGGCGAGCGGUGCACGUUCCGCGCGGGCACGCCCAACUACAUCGCGCCCGAGGUGAUAAACAAGAACUAUGGCGUGGAGGCGGACGUGUGGAGCGCGGGGGUGAUCCUCUACAUCCUGCUGUGCGGCCUGCCGCCCUUCUGGGGCGACACCACCGAGGAGAUCUUCAAGAGCGUGCUGUGGGGGCACCUUGACUUUGACACCGAGCCCUGGCCCCAGGUGUCGGACGCCGCAAAGGACCUCGUGCGCCGCAUGCUCUGCAAGAACUAUGCCAAGCGCAUCACCGUGGAAGCCAUCCUGCGUCAUCCAUGGAUCGUUGCUUAUACCACUCUACCUCCCUCGCACUCUUGUACCACUUCCUCCUCCCCCACUCAGCAGCGCGCCGCGGUGCCGUCGCUGACCAAGGUGGUGGGCACGGUGGGCGGCACGAGCCGCAGCGUGGAGGCCCUGGAGGCGCUGCUUCUCGCGGGAAUGACGGUGGCGCGCUUCGACUUCUCCCAUGGCGACGCGGAAUACCACCAGCAGACGCUCGAUAACCUGCGCAUCGCCAUGCGCCGCACCAAGAAACUCUGCGCCGCAGUACGGGCGGGGGACGAGAUCUUCGUGGGGCAGUACCUCUUCACGGGCGCCGAAACCACUUCCGUCUGGUUGCAGGUGCGCGCCCUCGCCCCUUGUGCUGCCACGUGCCUCGUCAUGCCGUGUGGUGCAAGCUCAAGUCAUGCUCUUUAUGUUGCAGUGCGCAUCGACAUCCCGACGCUGACAGCAGCGGACCGGCAGCACAUAGCGACGUGGGGGCGGCGCAACAACGUGGACAUCAUCUCACUCUCCUUCACUCGCCACCCGGACGACGUCGCACAGGGUCUGAAGAACUUUGAAAGCAUCGCAGAGGCAGCGGACGGCAUCAUCCUGUCGCGCGGCAACCUGGGCAUCGACGUGCCACCGGAGAAGGUGUUUGGCGUGCAGAAGUGGGCCGUGGCGCAGUGCAACGUGCGCGGCAAGCCCGCCGUGAUCACGCGCGUGCUCGACUCCAUGGUGCUCUCCCCCCGCCCCACGCGCGCUGAAGCCACUGACGUCGCCAACGCCGUGCUCGAUGGUGGGGGGGAGGGGCGGGUGGGGGUGUACUGGGCGGACAGGGGGGGAUGGAAGGUAGGGGGGACAGGCGGUCAUGGGGAGUGGUAG